AUGUUGAAGGACUUCUUGAACAAUCCGCCAGAACCAGUAUCUGUGUUCGAGAGCAUGAACGCCACAGUGUCCGAAGAUGAAGUUCGCUUUGCCUUCUUUGAGGCAUCCAACAUGCAGGCCGCGACGGAGUACAUGGCAGGAAGUGAAAGGAUCAUCUUGAUCUCCGAUUGCACGUACCAGACGAACCAUCAAAGAUUGGUUCUUGGUAGUUUGGGACUUGCAGUACUUCAUAGAGACGACCAUGGAAAGGUGAGAUGUCGGUUCUGGCCUGUGAUGUUCAGUGUCUCUGAAGCUGAAGAUGAGAGUGCGUAUGAUCUCCUUUGCAAGGCUUUCAUUGACAAGACGGGUGCGUUUGCAGCCAUGCAGCGCCAGUUCCCAGGUGCAUGCAUCCACCGGGAUUUGCAACACGUGAAGAAGAACAUUAAGGACAAUGCCGGCAAACUGCAAGACACCAACUUGAAAACUUACAUCACCGACGUGGUCGAGUUUUCAGCGAAGCUUUCGCAACCCAGUGAAUUUCAUACCGUCUGGAAAGACACCCUGGGUCGGCUUCGUAACGAGUGGCACGAGAAGUGUGGUUCGAAAGAUAGACUGGUCUAA